AUGCCGUCCAUUAUUUAUUCGCUGGGAUUAUUAUUACUAAUCAAUUUUUUUAUUGAACCAACAACAUGUGAAAUACCAACUUUUUUACAGAAUCUUGAACUCGAUGAUAUUACAUCACUCGUAGAUAAAUUUCCAUCAGUUAUAAGCAAAAUCAAAGAAGCUGUAAAUCGAUUUCGUUGUCCAAAAGGAUGGAGACGUUUAGGUGGUUCAUGUUAUUUUUUAUCUGAGAUAAGGUCAACACCAACUGAUGCAAAUAAUACUUGUAGCUUUUUACAUUCAAAUCAUUCAAAUUUAAUGCAAAUUCGUAAUGUUAUGCAAUUGUUGUAUGCAGCUCAUGCUUUAACAAAAAAUAAUCUAUCAUCAUUAAUGAUUGAACUGGAUCCAAAUUCAUUAAAAGGAAAAAGUGUUACAGAUAUAUUAAUGGAUGAUAAAGGUCAAUGGCAACGUAUGAAAGAAAAAUUUCGUGAAAUGCGUAGUCGAUAUUAUAAAUUAAAAGCAAAAAUUCUUGAAGAAUUAAGUUCAGCUGGUUUACGUAUAUCGAGACGUUCAAAAAAAAUCAAACAAUCAACAAAUAAAUAUAAAGAAAAAUAUAUUUAUAAUCCUAGUCAUUCUGAUAUGGAUUAUGGCGAUGAAUAUUAUGAUGAACAUAAUAUAACAAAUUUUAUACAUUCUAAUAAUACAACAACAAUAAUUGAUGAAUAUGAAUAUGAUGAUAUUGAUUCUGAAGACCAAAGUGAUGAAUUUGAACGAAUCGAUGAUAUACGAGGUAUAUGUGAUCAAGUCGAUUGGAAUGUUUUAAAUAAUGAUACAACAGUCUAUAUUCUAACAACAUUUUUACUAUCAGAUAAAAUACAUUGUUCAAUAAGUAAUGUUGAAUCAAAUAUAGAAUAUGAUCAUGUUUGUGAAUAUGUACUCGAUUUUUGCUUUGCAAAUGUUAUAUGUGGCAAAUAUGGACGUUGUGUAAAUACAUUAUCAGGUUUCAAGUGUUCCUGUUCGUUUUUAUAUGGUGGUCUUCUUUGUGAAAAAAUUUCAAAACAAGGCAGACAAAUUUUAAUUAGUUUUGGUAUUGUUGUUUUUCUUUAUUCAUUAUCAAUUAAACCAGUUCGAUGGACAUUACAAGCUAUUCUUAAAAUACUCUGUCGUUGUUGUAAAGGUUGUUGUAACCAACAAAAAAAGAAAAAAAAAAAGAAACAGGAUAAAACCAAUGAGGAUAAACAACAAUUGGUACCUACAAAAAAAAAAGAUGAAAAUGUUGAUGAUGAAGAAUUACAACAACAAGCAAGUAUGGACGAACCUCGUCCAAGUAUUGCUGAAGAAAUUCUGGAUUUUCUAAUACCAUCAACUCCUGAUCCAUUAAAAAAUCCAACUAAACGUGAUCUUAGUCGAACUAUGUGGGUUAGUGUAUUGAUUAUAAUAUUUUUAUCAUUAUUAUAUUCUAUAACAACAUUAACACAUUUUUCAUCAUUUAAAUAUGAAAUAACUGAUGAAACAAAAUUAGAUGUAAUAGUUAAUGAAACAAUUCGUUUAGUAGCACAUUGUGAACGUAUAUCAGAUUCACGUCUAGGAAAUUUAAUAUUUUUUCCAAUAGCAGUUGGUUUAAUAAUUAUUUUUUCAUGGUCAACAAAACGAGAAAGAAAAUGUUUAAAUACAUGUGAUGGUCGACCAGGUUUAAUACCACCAAUAGAACCAUUUCGUACAUCAAAUCGUUUUACAACAGCAACAAUUUUUGGAAUUCUUUCAUUUGAAGUAUUAAAAAUAUUUGAAGAAUUACUUUUUCGAGCAGCUGAUCCAUUUAAUCAUGGUGUACUUGUUGAAUUAAUUGAACGUAUAGCUAUUGUAGUUCUUGUUGGACUUCGAUAUUAUCCAGUACUUGCUUCUUUACAAUUACGUAAUGUUGUUUCACGACUUCUUAUUUGUCUUUAUGUAUUAGGUGAUAUUAUAUUUGCAAUUGUACGAGAAGGAUCUUGUAUGGGUUUUUUACCAUUAUCAAGAUAUUAUUCAUCUAUAGAAGAAGCAAAACUUCGAAUGGAACUUGGUACAUGGUUUAUUGUUUAUGGUUUAAUAAAAACUACUCCACAUUUUAUUUUUCUUUCAUAUAUUGGUGCUGAAUUAUGUGUACGUUUUGCAUAUGAUUCUAUAUAUGUACCAUUAAAAAAAAAUCAAAGUAUAUGGUCAGCACCUGUUGUUCAACAAGAUGAAUAUGAAUUUGCAAAAUAUUAUGUAGCAAAAUUAUUUCGACAAAAUUUUGAACAAAAACAAAAACGAUUUGAAAAAUUUCGAAUAAUUAAUAAAUUAGAUCAACAAAUACCAACAACUAAAACAAAAAAAAAAAUUUAUCCAUCACGUGUUAAAAAUUUUUUUAAUUCAAUCUAUCAUUGGGAUGAAAAUUUUCGUUUUACAACAAUAGCUACAUGUACAUAUACAGUAGCUAUUGUUUUUCUUUAUUAUUUAGCAUGUACAUUUGUUUUUCUAUAUAUAUCAAGAACAACAGGUCAUACAUUAUUUUUAAGAUAUUAUAUUCAAUCAAUGAUUAAUAUUGAAAUUAAAGGAUUAUUUUCAUUGAGAUUAGAAAUCAUAACAAGUGCAGUUAUUGCUUUUAUAAUAUAUGCAUUUCAAUUAUUUCUUGGUAUUCAAAAUUAUAAAAAACAUAAAUUAGAUUUAUUUAAAGGCAUAUAUGAAGAUGUUCCAUCACCAGCAAAUUUUCGACCAAAUGCUAUUGUAUCAAAAUCUGUUCAUUAUUCGGGUUUUCUUGUUGGUUAUAUGGCAUGGGGUUUUUUAAUAUGUUUUCAUUUAAUAUUUCUUUUCUUAAGUUUUAUACGAUUCAUAACAUUUCAAAUGCGUUAUUUUGAAUUAGUACUUGCUAUAACUGUACCUGUAACUGUUGUUUAUCUAUUAAAAAUGGUUACUGCAUCAUCAGCUGGAAAAUUUUUAUUUAUGCAAAGUGAUUAUGAAAAAAUAAAUAUAGAUAAUCGAAAAACUUAUGCAAUAUUUGUUUAUUUUAAUUUUUUUGCCGAUUGUUUUCUUGGUGUUGCUUCAUGUAUUAUUCGUCUGAUAAAAGCAACUUUUCUUAAUUUGGUUUAUAUGGCACGACUUGAUUAUAGUUUUCUUGGAAGACCAAUAGAAAAAUUCGAUCUUGGUUAUGCGGCUUAUGUCUCAUAUUUACAUAUGGAAGUAACACAUACACAUCCAGUCAUGCUUGCUUUCUGUUAUUCAUUAUAUGAUGAUGUUGUUAAACGACGACCAAAACAUUGUUAUGAUGAUGAAUGUUGUAUUGCUCCAGGUGAACUCGAUGAUGACGAUUCAACUAUAGAACAAAAUAUAAAGAUUAUAAAAGAUACAUCACCAAAAACAACGAAGCAGAAUAUAAAUGGAUCAACAUCGAAGAAAGCAAAAUUCCAAAGACAAGAAAGUGUAUCAUCAAACAAAUCGAUAAAAAAAAAACAAAGUACAAUUUCUACGACUGAUGAUAAUGAUCAACGUGGUAGUUCAAUAAGAGAAGUAAAACCUAAAACUAAAUCUCCAAGUCCAUCAUCAGUUUCAGAUAAAAGUAGUCAAAAAUCGAAAACACGCAAGUCAAGUAGCAAAGAUGAUAUACAAAAAGAAGAAGAUCAUGAUGAUGCUUCUCAUACACCAACUAUCUCAACAAUAACUCGAAUUAUUCCGGAAAAACAACCUCGUCUACCAUUACCAUCUGCACCUUUUCCUGAUGUACCUAUACGUGAAGAUCUUCCAGUUGAAGAGCAAGAAAAUGAAAAUAAUUUUGAUGAUGAUGGAGGUAUUAAACCACCAUCAAUAUCUACUAUAUCAGAAGUAAUUCCUAAACAAGCACCACGUUUAUUGCCAUUACAUCGUACAUCUCCACCACGCGUACCAAAACGAGAAGAUGAUACUGAAGAUAAUUUCGAUGAUGAUGGUGGUAUUAAACCACCAUCAAUAUCUACAAUAUCAAAAGUAAUUCCAAAACAAGCACCGCGUCUAAUGCCGUUACAACGAACAUCUCCACCACGUGUACCAAAACGAGAAGAUGAUACUGAAGAUUAUUUCGAUGAUGAUGGUGGUAUUAAACCACCAUCAAUAUCUACAAUAUCAAAAGUAAUUCCAAAACAAGCACCACGUCUGAUGCCGUUACAAGGAAAAUCUCCACCGCGUGUACCAAAGCGAGAAGAUAUAAUUGAUGAUGAUGAUGAUGAUGAUGAUAAUGAUGAUGGUGGUAUUAAUCCACAAAUAAUUGCUAAACAAAAACGAGAAUUAGAAGAAAAGAAAAGGAAAAAAGAAGAAGCAAAGAAGAAAAAAGAAGAAGCAAAAAAGAAAAAACAAUUAAUUUCUCGUGAUGAUGAUGAUGAUGAUGGAGGCAUAUCAAGAACUAAAACUAGUACUAAAGUAAAACCAAAGAAAAAAGUUGUAAAACCUAAAUAUUUUGAUGAUGAUGAAGAUGACGAUGGUGGUGUAGCAAAACAAAAACAAAUAGCAGCUGAGAAAAAGAAACAAGCCAUAGAAGCUAAGAAAAAAAAGGAAGCACAAAGAAAAGCAUUAGCCGAUAAAGAUAAUGAUGAAGAUGAUGAUGGUGCUCCUAAACGACAACAACCUAUUAAAAAGAAAACAACAACUAAAAAAAUUUCCAAAUCAGAUAUUUCAAAAGAUGAUAAUUUUGAUGAUGAUGGUGGACGUAUUGUUAAAACUUACGAUACAGUUCGAACAAUAAUACCAACUAAAAAACCUGUACUCGAUAAUCAAAGAAAAAAGCAAGCAUCACCAGAAGCUGCUGAUGAUGGAAGUAUGUUAGGAUCUCGACAUCAACAACAAUCACAACAACAACAACAACGAUUACUAGCAUCAUAUGAUACAGUAGGUCGAAUAGUACCAAAAGUUUCUACUGGUUUUGGAAGAAUUACAGAAGAAAGUCAUUAUGAUACAAUACCAACUGAUGAAGAACGUGCAACUCGAGCAAAUGUCAUCUAUUCUGCACCAUCAUAUAAUCAAACAUCAUAUUCCAAUGAUAUACCUCUUCUACGAACAAUAUCCUAUCGUGAAGCUCAACAAAGUGCGACACCACCAAUAGCACAACGACGAUUAGUAGGCUCAUCAUCACGUAGUCAAAGUAAUACGAAUGAAGAUAGUAGUCAUUAUUCAGAAAUAACGACUGAUACCGCACAAUCAGGUUUUAUUAAUCGUUCUUAUUCACAUACAGGAUCUACUAAAUCAUCGUCAAAUUAUUCAAUAAAACAACCAAGUAAACAUUCAUCAGAAUACACACUAAAAGAACAACAAACAGAAGAAUCGAAUGUUGAAUCUGAGCAAGAAGAUGAAGAAAAAGAAACAGAAGAAGAAGCGGAGGAGGAGGUGGAAGAAGAGGAAGAUGACCAAGAAGAAGACGAAGAAGAAGAAGAAGAAGAAAAACAAGAACAUGAAGAAGAGACACAAGAUAAAUCCUCAAGAAAAAAACGAAAGCCUAUACCUAAUGUUUCUACAGCUUAUCCAUUUAUUAGUCAUUUAGUCAAACCAACUGAAGCAGGUGAAAUUUUAAAAAAUCUAAAACGAAAACAAGCACGUUUUCGUUGGCAUCUUGCAUAUACAAUUAUUAAUAAUUAUCAUUUAUUUGAUCUAAGAAAACAAGCCGAAAGUCGUCUUGCUCUAUUACGUAUUCAACGAAGUAAUUUAAUCGAUGAGCAACAACAUGCUGCAGUAGUAGCUGCUGUUGUUACUGCUGCUGCUCGUGUUGAAGAGCCAGUUGAACUUGAUGAAAUUCCUCAAUCUAUUGUGAUGAGAGGAGGAGAAAUGAAACCUAAAGUAUCAUUACGAAAACGAGGCGCACUACCCGAACAACAACCUCAAAGAGAUGCUCAUCGUCUACUUUCUGUACCUACACCUUUACCUAUUAUCGAUGAAUUUCCUCAAAGUCCAGCUGAACGAUAUAUUGCUAUUCGUUCAUGUAUGUUAUAUGAUGUAAAUGUUCAACAACCCAAUGUUCCUCAGUCUGCAAAUGUUUAUCCAAUGCCACCAACAACUGGCCAACAAGGUGGAGUUUCAAGAAAAUUGGGUUCUCGACAACCACCAAAUAUCGUCAUUCAAUCACCAUCAGUUACUACUGAUGAACCAAAAUCCACUCGACCACUGUAUCAACGGCAAAAAUCACAGGGGGCAACACCUAUUGGAAUAAAUACGUUUAAUAAUACACCACUCUUUCAAGGUUUACCUGACUCUGGUCAAUCGUCAACUGAUGCAUUAGUGAACAAUUAUACAACAUUACAUACACAAAUGAGUCAUGCACAACAUAUGCAAGCAUGGCGUCAAAUUCAAUUAAAAAAACAACAGAAAAAACGUCCAUAUCGUUAUGUUUAUGGAACACCACCUCAACGACCAUUAGAAGAAAAAGUUUCAACUGCUGCUAUUCUUACACCACAAAUAAUUCCUAUAAAUGGUAAAUUUAAACGUUUACCAAGCCAACCAGCUUUUCAAUUUCCACGACAAGUUAAAAAUAUAGAUGAAAAAAUGAAAAAAACACAUGAACGACAAAUUAGUCCAACAUCAUCAUCACAAAACGGUGAAAAUAAUCGAGAUAAAUCUAUAAAUAAGAAACCAUUAAAAACAACAGUAUCUGUAAUUCGUCGAAAAGAUUCACCAAGUAGUUUAUCAAAUAUAACAGAAGUUUAA